AUUUGGUCACGUGAUUUGAAUGGUGGACAACUGUUACAGGUGUUCCGUAUUUCAACGAAACAUUUGUUCAUCAACCAAAAUAACUUAACCUUUCUAUUUGAUAUGUCUAUUGAUUGGCAUAAUGCGUAAAGGCAACAGGCCAAACGAAAUGUUCCUUACAAGAGCUCUCGAGAAAAUCUUGAGCGACAAAGAAAUAAAAAAAGCUCAUCACUCCCAACUGAAAAAAGCCUGUGAGGUGGCACUUGAUCAACUAAAGAAAGAAAGCAGUGAACAAAGUGAAGAUCAGUCGUCAUCAGCCUUACCUACACCUAAACAAGCUGGUUUUGUGGAAGCUGAUAAAUACUUCUUACCAUUUGAACUAGCAUGUCAAUCCAAAUGCUUCAGGAUUGUAAAUGUAGCACUGGACUGCUUACAGAAACUAAUAGCCUAUGGUCAUCUGACUGGCAAUGCUGUAGAUACUACUUCUCCUGGUAAGAGGUUGAUAGAUCGUAUUGUAGAGACAAUAUGUGGAUGUUUCCAUGGACCACAGACAGAUGAAGGGGUACAGCUACAGAUUAUUAAGGCUCUCCUGACAGUGGUAACAUCAAAUACAGUAGAAAUACAUGAGGGUACAGUUCUUCAAACAGUCAGGACUUGUUAUAAUAUCUACCUAGCUAGUAAAAACCUGGUCAACCAAACAACAGCUAAGGCUACACUCACACAGAUGUUAAAUGUCAUCUUCUCAAGAAUGGAACUGCAGGCUGCACAGGAACUGAAACAAAGAGACAGAAGCUCAAGCAAAUUGUCCAAAAAAUCUGAUGAAUCAGAAGACGUUCCAGAAAAUCAAAUGAAUGGAGAUGUAGAACAAACUGAAGGACAGAGAGACAAUAACCAGAAUAAUGGUCAGGCUACUGCAGAUGAAGCGAUAGAUGGAGAGGAGACAACAGAAGUUGUAGUAAAUGGUGUUAUAGAUGAUUUGAUAGAUCAAGUUUGUACAGAGCAACCUAAUACGAGCAUGGAAGGUGCUGGUUCUCUGCCCAUAACUCAUGCUUCUUCCUCUCCUCAAGUAGUAACUGGGGAAGGGGAAACAACUCCUCAAACUACACAGCAAGGGGAGACAACUUUGCAAUCUACACAGCAAGGGGAGACAACUUCCCAAUCUUCAAACCAGGGGGAGACAACAUCUAAGCCAUCUUCACAACAAGGGGAAGUAACUUCUCAGUCUUCACAUAGCAGAAGUGGAAGUGGUUAUGCCUUGAAUAAGUUAGAUGAUGAGCCUGAAGGUAUGGAGAAUGCAGAAUCUCCAGACAUGGCACAAGGUGUAUUUAGUCAUAUCCUACAGAAAGAUGCAUUCCUCGUCUUCAGAAGUCUGUGUAAAUUAUCCAUGAAACCAUUGGCUGAUGGGCCUCCUGAUCCAAAAUCACAUGAACUUCGCUCCAAGAUUCUAUCCCUACAGUUGUUACUGUCAAUUCUACAGAAUGCAGGACCAGUGUUUAAAACAAAUGAAAUGUUUAUCAAUGCCAUUAAACAAUAUUUAUGUGUAGCUUUGUCUAAGAAUGGAGUUAGUUCUGUUCCUGAUGUGUUUGAACUGUCUUUAGCCAUCUUUCUGACAUUGUUAUCAAACUUUAAACAACAUCUUAAAAUGCAGAUUGAGGUGUUCUUCAAAGAAAUAUUCCUAUAUAUACUAGAGACCCCAAGUAGUUCUUUUGAACAUAAAUGGAUGGUCAUACAAGUGUUAACCAGAAUCUGUGCAGAUGCACAGUGUGUUGUUGACAUCUAUUUAAAUUAUGACUGUGAUUUAGCAUUAGCAAAUAUAUUUGAAAGACUUGUAAAUGACCUUUCUAAACUAGCACAAGGUCGCCAUGCUCUAGCUCUUGGUGCUACUCCUAACCAGGAAAGAAGUAUGAGAAUAAAGGGGUUAGAAUGCUUAGUUUCUAUAAUGAAAUGUUUGGUAGAAUGGAGUAAAGAUUUGUAUGUCAAUCCUCAUUCACAGUCUAAUCUAGGUCAAGAGAGUAAACCAUCUACAGAAACUGAUAGUGAUUCUGGGAAGGGUACAAUGACAAGUUAUGGUAGUGUUAACUCACUGAGUUCUAAUAAUAGCUCACAACUCACUAGCAGUCAACCAUUGGAUAAUCCAGAGCAGUUUGAGACAUUAAAACAACAAAAGGAAAUCUGGGAACAUGGCAUUGAAUUAUUCAAUAAGAAACCAAAGAAAGGUAUAGCCUACUUACAAGAACAGGGACUUCUGGGUAAUACCCCUGAUGAUCUGGCUGAAUGGUUCCAUAGUGAUGACAGAAUGGACACGACAGUUGUUGGAGAUUUUCUUGGUGAGAAUGAGAAGAUAAACAAAGAAGUAAUGUAUGCCUAUGUUGAUAAGCUUGAACUAAAAGAAAUGGAAUUUAUACCCGCUCUACGAAGAUUUCUAGAGGGAUUCAGACUGCCUGGGGAAUCUCAGAAAAUAGACAGGCUCAUGGAAAAAUUUGCUUCCAGAUAUUUCUCUUGUAAUAUUAAUAAUGAAGUAUUUGCUAGUGCAGACACAGCUUAUGUACUGGCUUAUUCCAUCAUCAUGUUGACUACUGAUCUGCACAGUUCUCAGGUCCGAAACAAAAUGACAAAAGAGCAGUAUAUAAAAAUGAAUCGUGGGAUAAAUGAUAGUAAAGAUUUACCAGAGGAAUAUCUGUCUGCUAUUUAUGAUGAGAUUGCAGGAAAUGAAAUCAAAAUGAAAGUAGGAGCUGUCAUAAAACAACCAAAUAAACAAGGAAAGGACAUAACAAGUGAUAAGCAGAGGAGAAUGUUGUAUAAUGUAGAAAUGGACAACAUGGCUGCCACAGCUAAGGCACUGAUGGAGUCUGUCAGCCAUGUUGAUUCUUUUUUCACAAGUGCAACACAUUUUGAACAUGUCAGGCCAAUGUUUAAGAUGGCUUGGACCCCAUUCCUUGCUGCUUUCAGUGUAGGUCUACAGGACUGUGAUGAUGUUAACAUUGCUUUACUCUGUUUGGAUGGAAUCAGAUGUGCCAUAAGGAUUUCAUGUAUUUUCCGUAUGGAGCUUGAGAGAGAUGCCUAUGUCCAGGCUUUAGCUAGAUUCACACUGUUGACAGCAGCUUCACCCUUGACCGAGAUGAAAAGUAAAAAUAUAGAUACAAUCAAAACACUCAUCUCAGUGGCCCAUACUGAUGGAAACUAUCUGGGGAAGUCUUGGCUUGAGAUCUUGAGAUGUAUAUCCCAGCUAGAGUUAGCCCAGUUGAUAGGUACAGGUGUAAAACCUAGCAGACAAUCUCCAGGUAAAGGGGAUAUGCAUGGAGGACACCCUAUAGAGGCAUUUGAUCCUGAAGUUAUAGCGAGAGGUGGCUUAGAUUCCAAACGUUUAGCUAACCUGCAGGAACAGAUGGGGGAAACCAGUUCACAAAGUGUGGUUGUAGCUGUAGAUAGGAUAUUCACAGGAUCUGUCAAGUUAGACGGAGAAGCUAUUGUUGAAUUUACGAAAGCUUUAUGUCAAGUGUCGAUGGAUGAGUUAGCACAUGUCAGUCAUCCUAGAAUGUUCAGUUUGACUAAGAUUGUUGAGAUUUCCUAUUAUAACAUGGGUAGAAUUAGGUUGCAGUGGUCUAGAAUAUGGCAGAUUCUUGGUGACCACUUCAAUAAGGUUGGAUGUAACCCCAAUGAAGACAUUGCAUUUUUUGCUGUGGAUUCUCUAAGACAGCUGUCUAUGAAGUUUUUGGAGAAAGGAGAAUUUUCUAACUUCAGAUUCCAAAAAGAUUUCCUUAGACCCUUUGAACAUAUCAUGAAAAGAAAUAGAUCUCCCACAAUAAGAGACAUGGUUGUGAGAUGUGUAGCCCAGAUGGUUAAUUCCCAGGCAGCUAACAUCAAGUCUGGAUGGAAGAAUAUAUUCAGUGUGUUUCAUCUAGCAGCUUCAGAUCACGAUGAGGCUAUUGUAGAACUAGCAUUCCAAACAACCGGUAAAAUCAUAUUGACUCCGACACCUCAUGGACAAGGUCUGUUUAGCUGGUCUGUAGAUAAAGUAAAUAUAUUUGAGCAGCAUUUUGCAGCUAUUAUCGAUUCAUUCCAAGAUGCCGUAAAGUGUCUAUCUGAGUUUGCAUGUAAUGCUGCUUUCCCAGACACUAGCAUGGAGGCUAUCAGACUGAUCAGAAACUGUGCUAAAUAUGUAGCAGAGAAACCAACGAUGUUCCGAGACCAUGGUGGUGAUGAGAUUAAUGUACCAGAGGAAGAUCGUGUUUGGGUCAGAGGAUGGUUCCCUGUUCUGUUUGAGCUGUCCUGUGUAAUAAACAGAUGUAAACUGGAUGUCAGGACAAGAGGUCUUACUGUGAUGUUUGAGAUUAUGAAAACGUAUGGUGACACGUUCCUCAGCCAUUGGUGGGCCGAUUUAUUCCAAGUUGUUUUCCGUAUCUUUGACAAUAUGAAGUUACCAGAACAACAAAAUGAGGUUGGUGUUACUACUAAAGCAGAAUGGAUGACGACCACCUGUAACCAUGCUCUAUAUGCCAUUGUUGAUGUAUUUACACAAUAUUAUAAUGUACUACACACCGUGUUACUUGAUGAACUCUAUAACCAGUUACACUGGUGUGUCAAACAAGAUAAUGAACAAUUAGCUAGAUCUGGAAUUAAUUGUUUAGAAAAUCUAGUUAUAUCUAAUGGAACCAAGUUCUCCCCAGAUGUAUGGCAUAAAACUUGUGUGAUAAUGUUAGAUAUAUUCAAAGAUACCAUUCCUACAAGUUUGUUAGCAUGGUGUCCAGAACAUGAUAACUCUCCAGAAAAUCAGCCAUUUAAUAAGAUGGAAUCUAUGGAAGAAUUAAAUGACUCAUUGUCACCAGACCAUACCCAUGAAAACAGAUCUUUAAAAAGGGCCGACAGUAACCAUAGUGUAUAUAGUACUGUAUCUCAGGAAUCCAGGGAACAUAAAAUCCCAAGGUCAAAAGUUUCUCCCGAUCAGAAGUUAUUCCAAGGAUUGUUAAUUAAAUGUGUUGUACAAUUAGAACUGAUACAGACCAUAGAUGAUAUUGUUUUCUUCCCUACAACCAGUAAGAAGGAAGAUGCUGAAUAUCUAGCUGCUGCCCAGCAUAGUUUAGACGCCCCCUAUGAGAUGGAUACCAGCCAGCAGGAAGACCAGGGGAUGUAUCAGUUCCUCAGUAGUCAACAGCUACUCAUGUUGGCAGACUGUUUACUAGAAUCACAUAAGUUUGCUAAAGACUUUAAUUCUAAUCAUGAACAAAGAAACGUUCUAUGGAAGGCUGGUUUCAGAGGUAAAGCAAAACCCAAUUUACUGAAGCAAGAAACCCAAAGUUUAGCGUGUGUGUUCAGAAUAUUAUUUAGAAUGUAUAAUGAUGAUGCCAGGAGAGGAGAAUGGAGCCAGAUAGAAAAUAAAAUUAUUAGUGUAUGUAAAGAGUCUUUAGAAUAUUUCCUGUCAUUAGAGUCAGACAGUCACAGAGACGCCUGGAAUAGUUUAUUGUUGUUAUUACUUAACCGUCUUUUAAAGAUGAGUGAUGACAGGUUUCGUAUCCAUGGUUCAGCAUAUUUUCCAUUUAUGUGUGAAACACUUAUGUUUGACUUUAAACUAGAGAUGAAAACAACACUGAAGAAAUUCUUUUUACGCUAUGGACCAACCUUCAGUAUCGUCUCCAGCUAGUGAAACAUAAAUUUUAUCAACCUGUUGUGAUAUUAAAAUCAUGUGAUAUUUAUCUAAUAGAGGAUAUAUGUAUAUUUCUGUCGAUCGCUUCAUUCAUUUCUGUAAACAUUGAGUAAUUAACGAGAGAGUUGUAUACACGUAUCUUGCUUGUGAAUGUGAUUGUACUAAUGUUGUUUAAGUCUGUUGUAAACUUUGAACCAAUAAAAUGUAGUAGAAAAUAUUAAUUAUGAAAUGUUAAAAAUACAUCUUAUACAAUAAAGACUUACAGGGACAAAUAAAAUUCAGCAAGCAAACACCAAGCACUCAUAUUAAUUUGUCUCCUUAAAGACUUUUAAAAUUGCACAUUUUUUGUAAGUUUAAACAAAACAAAACAAAGAAUUUGAUGAUUGACAGUAAAACUAUCAGCAUUUACUAACAUCACAUGGAGAAUUAUGUUAUCAGGUUCCAGCCAUUGUUUUCACAUUCUAGUUAUUUUCAUCAAAUAUAAACAAAAAGAUCUUUAUCUUUUAAAAAAAAAACGCUCAGUCACUGAUUUCACAAGUAUGAGCAUGUUUAAUGUCUUGAACAAUGUCAACACCAAACUUUUAAAUUCAGUGUUAAAAGUUGAUGGGAAAGUCAGAGUAGAAUUUAUUUUGUACCUGAAUGAAGUCUAUAAUGAAUUUUGUCAACUUUAAACUUUUGACAUUAUUUUUUAUUAAAAGGCUAACAAAUAAUCAUAUCAGCUUUUAAAAGAAUUCUUUGAGUUGGCCUAUAGAAUUAUUUAGAAAAAUAAUAUUCACAUUUUUAAAAACUAAAUAUAAGAGUGUAUAAACCAAACAUUCCAUAAAUGUUUUAUAUAAUGUUUUAUGUAGAUAUGUGUACGUUUUAUGUGUAUGUGUGUAUGCUGUAUGUUAUAUGUAAUGAAUUAAUGAUCAAAGAUUUUAAGAUUUGUUCUAUUGUGCAUUUCAAAGGUAUGUAUCUACAGGUUGAACAUUGUAAUAAAACUUAUUGAUGCUUCUAGUGCAAUAUUUGUUCUUAAUCUAUGGUGUAAUGCUACAGUAAUCUUGGCACAUUGAUAUUUUUUUCUUUAACCAGACGACAGAAACACAUUGUUUAUUUUAUCCCAGGGAAACAGUAUAUUCUGUGUGAUAUCCUAAGUCCUGUUAUAUUGCCUAGUUGUUUUUAGUGGGAAGGAUACGGAAAACUAAUUCUACCAUUUCUGAUGGAUUUUAUUUAUUUAAUCUUGCACAGUUUUGUUUUCUCUGGGAAAGAUUAUUCAUAGAAGUUGUAUAGUUCAGCGGGCGGGACAACUUCUUUUAAAAAUUGAAUUUUUUUUUUUCAUUAUAAAUCCUUUCCUAUGUAUGUAUAUUGAGAGAAACUGUCUUUAAUUUAGUAAGGUUGGAAAAAACUUGAAAAUAUUUUUUUCAUUCAUGUUCCAUUUGUAUCUCACUUAAGUGCUACAAACUGAACAAUAUUUGUAGUCGAAGUACAAUUAUCUCCAAUCUUUCUCAGCAAUUGCCAUUUUGCCAAAAUUAAUGACAUACUGAUAUUUUAAUUCUAGAUGCAAUUUUGAAUAAAGUUCUAAUUCUUUUAACAAUUUUAUCAAAUAGUAAAAAUAUUUUAUAUUUUUUUAAUUCAAUAUUUUAAGUGCCAUGUUAAAAUUGUACCUGCUGAGUAUUGAAAAUAACCUUUAGAUAAACAAAAUAAUACAUAUUCCUGUGAAUUUUUUAUGUCAAUUUCCAGAAUUUAAUUUUAUCAUGAGUGCUUAAAGGCAUAUUGAAGUGCUAGUAAGUGCUGGAAUGUUGAUAACAAUAAAAAAAACAAUACCAAAUUCAAAGUUCAUAUUUUUAAUGGACUCAUUUUUUAAAAGUUAGUUUUUGAUGUUAAAUCUACAAGAAUGUCUGUAGAAGGUAUACUGACAUUCCUUUGCGUUGUUUGUAUGUACUGCAUUUUUGCUUUUACCUUAUCUGAAUAAAGGCUUAUUAGUUUCCAAAUACUAUUCCAAGUGGUCAUUCAUACAUUGAUGGAUUUUGCAGUUAUAAUAAGUAUUUUUAUGACUAAUAUAACUUGGUAGUCACAAAAAAAAGGAAUAUCUGUAAAGACACCUUCACAGUUUUAGCCUAUAUGGCUCAAGAUCAGGGACACAACUUUUAAAAGUAUACCUUUGUUGAAAAUAGAAAAGUAAUUCCUAUUAUGCAACUGCAUAUAUUGACUCUUAGUUCUUGGAUAAUACCAGAUUGAGGUACAUUUGGAUCAUAAAUAUUGUCUGAGCAUACAAUUCACAACCAUUUCAUUAAUUAUACAAAAUGUGGGAAUACAUUAGUGGUAAUCAGCAAAUACAUUUAGAACUCAUUAUAGAAUAUUAAUGAUCCCUGAUUUCUAUUCAGUUGAAAUAAAAGGUCAACAUAAUUCUAAUUUUAGUUGUUUUAUGUACUGUAGAGAAAACAUGAUUUUGAAUUACUUAUCAAAUUGAAGAGUUUUCAUUUAUAGAACACAGACCUAAUUUAAGUACAAAACAUAGAUUUACAAAAUAGAUGCACACUAGUUAUCUUAGAAUGUAGAUUAUAAGGCUACAGCAGACAAACUUGGUUUUAAUUUUGGCUUCAAUAAGUAUGCUAUGCAAAAGAUUGUACUUGCAUAAAUAUCCCACCUUACACUUGUUUGUCAUAAUAAAUGUAGAUAAAAUUGAAAUUGUACAUAUUUAAUUAUAUUUAUUUGUUAUAUAAGGUUUACUUCUAUCUAAGACAACUUUAUUUAUACAUAAAAGUAUCUUUUUGUUAUUUUAAACAGCUAAUUGCUUUCAUAUUUAUUUAUAAAAAGGCUUAAGCAGAGCUAAUUGGUCUCAUGCUGACACAUGUAUAUGUGUACAGUAUUUUAUAAGGAAUUGUAUGUAGGUAGAUAAUAGCAUUAGCUCAAGUCCACUGGUAUAAUAAGAGACCAUUCCCCUGGAUUGUCUCCCUUUGAGUUCUGAUUAACCAUCUAUUAGUUUACAUUUGUAUCACUUGUUUUGAGUUGUUACACAAAUAGAUAAAUCUGUAGAGCAGUCAGUAGUUUGAAUGAAGAAGGAAUAACUCAUUUAGUAAAAAAUGUGUGACCUAAAAAUAUUUUUUUCACUUUAUCCACUGAUUAUUCAUGCUACUUGGGUUCAAGCUCUUCAUGGAUUUUUUAAUAGUGAUUUGAUUAUUGAAAAUUUCAAAUAAUGAAAAAUACCAAAUUUUAAGGUUAAAUCCAAUUGUAAAGCCCCUACUAACUUCAAAGGUACUCUUUAUUUCCCAAUUUUUAAGGGGCGAAAGUAGUUUAGCAAUGCACAGAACUCAUUUAUCUCUCAUUAAUCUCCAAUAUGAACAAGUGGCAUGGUCAUACAGUUCUAUAGUAAUAUACAAAUAUACUAAGGAAUAAAGAUCUUGUUUCAUACUCUAUGGUCGGGUUGUUGUCUCUUUGACACAUUCCCCAUUUCCAUUCUCAAUUUUAUCUAUUUCAUAUUUUUCUUGCAAUUCAGUAAGGCAUUUAGGUGCAUCUACAUUAAUUAGUACAUUGAACACAAGCCUUCUUAUUUUAUUGUUAAUGUUGGCUUAUUUGUAUUGUGUAUAAUUUCACUGAUGAAUUUGGUGUAUUUACUGUAUGAUAACUAUGUAUUUAAUGAUAAUUUGGUGUCGCUUAAUUUGCUGUUAUAACAUUGGCUCUUUAAAUUAUAUUAAUUUAAGUAUCACCAUAAGAAAGCACUUUUAAUUUCUGUUUGUUAUUAUUUUUUAUUGACAUGGCAUUAAUUUCAAAUUAAAUGGUAUGGUUGUAAAUAACAUUAUAUCAUUGUCAGUAAUUUGAAAGUUGUGCAUGAGUGUUGAACAUUUUGUAACUCAUUUUGCAAGUGGGGAAACCUUCAAUAAAAGGAAGACUGAA